AUGCCGACCCUCGAGGAUCGUUCUUCCGCUACCACCAUGGACAAGUUCCCUCACGUCCUGGAUGAUCCGGCCACCUUGCCUCGCUCGCUGGAUCCAUUCACCAUCACCACCUCCACUGGCUUCAUGCCUCUGAUCAUUCCUCCAACCACCCUGCCAGAGGUCUUCGACCCCUUAACAUCCCUCCUUGCUCGGCUCCCGGUCGAGAAGGCCGAUGGCACCCCAGGUCUCCUUGCCAACUUCGAGCUGGGUCCAGCCGUCCUCAAGGAGCUUCCCGACCUCACCGACGAGGUUGACAAGCUCGUCACCGACGAUGGCAAGCCGGAUCUGUUCACCAUCACUGCCGUCUUCCGGGACUAUUCCUUCCUGGCCUCCUCCUACCUACUGGAGCCUUGCUGGCAGACCUGGAAGACAGAUCCUGACAGCGGCUAUGGUCUAGGAAGGGACCGCCUUCCACACUCCGUUGCCGGUCCCAUGUAUCGAUGUGCCGAGCUUUUGGACAUACCCCCUUUCUUGUCCUAUGCUGCGGCAUACUCUCUCUACAACUACACUCUUGAUGAUCCGUCCAAGGGCCAUGAGUACUCCAACUUGCGACUUGUCCGCGCCUUUGAGCGUGGCCUGGACCCUAAGAGCUCCGAAGCCGGGUUCAUCCUAACCCACAUCUACAUGGUCAAGGAGUCCUACGCCUUGAUCAGCGGAGCUGUUCGCAUCCUCAACUCCCUUGACACCGUCAAGGAUCGCAAAGAGAUCAACGAUGCUUACAGACAGAUCCUCACCGCCAUGACCAAGAUCGAAGAGUGCAUGGAAGACAUGUGGAAGAACUCUAAGCCGACUGAGUAUCUUGCCUUCCGUGUCUUUAUCUUCGGAAUCACCUCUCAGUCCAUGUUCCCCAACGGCGUGGUGUACGAGGGAAUCAAUGAUAACAAGCCCCUGUACUUCCGUGGAGAGAGUGGUGCCAAUGACAGCAUCAUUCCCCUCUUGGACCACCUCCUUGAAAUCCCCAUGCCCGAUACCCCACUGACAAAGAUUCUUCAUGAAUUCCGGGCCUAUCGUCCACUUCCACACCGUGAGUUCCUAACCCAUGUUCGCCUUCGAUCAAAGCAGCUCGGUGUCCGCGAGUUCUCCAUCCAAGACCCGGAGACCGUUCUCUUGUACCUGAAGACUCUCGAUCACGUUCGCAGCUUCAGAUGGCGACAUUGGCUCUUCGCCAGAGAAUAUAUUAUCAAGCGGACUCCUCACCCAACAGCAACUGGAGGAAGUCCCAUCGUCACGUGGCUUCCCAACCAACUAUCUGCCGUUAUGGACCUCAUGAUCUCCACAUACGACGAAUACGUUGCUCCUAUGAUCAGUAAAGAAGCUGGAUCCAACGGUGCUUCGUCCUCUGCCGCCAACGGUGAAGCAGACCUGGGGUCUACGAAGCACUAUAGAGAUCAGGUACAGGAGGUGAUGGAGACCGUGCGCGACCAAAGGAUCAAGCUGGCGAAGGAGGUCGAAAGGUGGUGCGCUGAACGUGGCGUCUAG